AUGCAGGAUCACAACGAGUCAAGGUGCGCUGUGCUCCGCGAAAUCGGCCACAGCGCCAUCCGGGUCGAUGUCCUCGGCACUCCGCGUUUAAGCGACCGAGUUGGAUCUACCCUCGUCACGUCUGCGCCUCAGCUACAGCACCUUGUGCUGCAGCUUUCGGAGCCUAAUGCAGCAAAAGGCGCAGACCAGGUCUUGACUACAAUUGGAAAUCGUUUGCGCGCUCUGGAUCUGCUUGUCGCGUCGCACGGCACGCUGCCGGCGGUUAGCUUAGAGGACUGUACGGCACUUCAAGAGUUGCGGCUUGUGUUGGAUAUGCAUCCUCUGGCACCGCUGGGACCGUUGCGGAUGCGGGGAGACGAAGCGCCCCCCGCCGUCGCCGCCAUUGCCGCCCUGGGGCCCUGCCUUCGCUCCCUGGAGCUCGUGGGCUCCGCCGUACCGCGUGUGUUGGACCCACCGCACCGACUGGCGGGGCUAACCGACCUGACGGCGCUCACGAGACUGAAGAUUGACAUGCCACAGGGCUUCCUGGCGGCGGGGGCAGCGGCGGAGGUGCGGGAUGGCGACGGCGGCGGCAGUGGCGAGGUCGCGAGGCCGGGAAGCGUCCUGGCGGCUGACGCCGCCGCCGCCGCCGCCGUGUGUGCCGCGGGGCUGCGGUGGCGCGCCGUACCGGUGGCGGCGUCACUGGGUAGUCUUGUUGAGCUGCACCUCGGCAGGUCGUACGAGUUGACGGUGUACGACAUGGCGGUGCUGGCGCCCGCGCCGCAGCUGGCGCUGCUGGCGUGCCGUAACAUUGUCCUACCGCCGACAACGCCUACGACUACGACAAUGGGAUCAGCAAGGGAGCACCCCCCGCUAAGCUGUCCUGCCGUACGAUCGCGUCCGCCUGCCGUACCCCUCCCGCAGCGGCUCCGCGAACUCCAGGUACGGCGGCUUCCAAGUGCUCCCGUACUAGCGGCCUUGGAGUCGCUGCCGGCCCCCGGCUUGCAAGUGCUCAAGUGCCACUUGUCGGCAGCGGGCUUCCCGGCGGCGGUGCUGCCCCUGGAUGCCGCACUCGAGGAUCAGGCCGUGGCGCCGGGUGGGGAAUCCCAGACGGCGGCGGUGGCGGCGGCGGCGCAACAGGCUGGAGAGUUGGCAGCGGUGGGGGGAGGAGGGGGGACGACAUCGGCGGCGCUCGGCGGCGGCGGCAGCAGCAUCGUUAGCCUGCAGCUGGCGCUUGUGGGCACAUCGUGUGCCGCGGAGUCCAUGGUGGCGGAACCAUGGGUCGCGGAGGUCGCGCUGUCGGCGUUCCACCUCAUCGCGCGGCUGCUGUUCGCCCGAGCACUUCCGUCGCCAUCAUCGCCGCCACCUGGAUCGCUUUCACACCCAGCUGCUACUGCUGUCGCACCGCCGCCGCCGCUACUGAUACGGCCAUUUGAGCGUGGCGGCGGCGGCCGCAGGGCCGGGCGCGGUGGUUCCGGAGCCGCAGCCUCCGCCAGUACGAUGCUACGUGGGCCGUACGCUGGAUCCUGGCUGUCAACGCUGUCGGUGCUGAGCUCCGCCGGGCUGACGUCACUGCAGUUACGGCACUUUGAGUUUGAGUGGGAGGAUCUUCAGCUGCUGCGCGUGGCGUUUCCGCUGCCGAAGAGCUGCGAGGUGAGGGAGUGCGAGGGGGGUUGUGAGGAGCCGCGGCGGCGAGUUAGAGUUGGAUGUAUCUGGAUCAGGAUCGGGUGUCUGGUGCACUGGCGGGGCGUUGGAAGCAGCAUUGCGGUGGCUGUAUACUCUUCAAAGGGCAACCACUUUGCACCACCAAUAUAA